ACAUAUCACCAUCUGCCACACGUUUGCGUUUAAGCCUCAGCUUCGUGAAGCAUCUAUGGGCCCAUUUGGCGCCGGAUAGGUAAGUCCGGCCCGGCGAUACGGAGUUAUUCGGUCGUAUCGCGUUUGACUGCUUGGCAUCCAUGAUAUCAGUUCAGAUUUCAGAAGUAGCAUCAGCUAUCAGGAUGUGUUAUAAAUGUCCAUCCAUGAUCCGAGUCUGCGACGACUUCUUUUAUCAUCAAUCUCUUGACUCUACAUAACUGCCAAGUUGCUACUAGUAGCUACUGCCCCAACAACUGAAGUCCAAAAUUCCUUUUCACGAGCUCAACGCAAAAAUGGCUUCGUCAUACGACAUCACCCAGUAUCUCCUCGACAAGUCAAACAUUCACGACACAGUCAUCAAAGUGCCCCUCUACUACGACACGCGGAACAUCGAAGGUUGCAGAAACGAAGUCUAUGCCCCCGAGAUCCUGGUCGACUACACAUCACUGCUUGGCGGAGAACCCUUCACCGUCUCACGGGACGAGUGGGUCGACCGAAUCGAUGCCAUCAUGAAGGGCUUUGAAACCUGUCAACACAUCACCUCGAGUGUCGUCGUCGAUCUUCCACAGCCUACCCCGAACGCAACACGUCCGGAUAAAGCGAGCGUUCUCGCCCAAGUGAACGGCAACCUGAUCGGCAAGGGCUCUCCUGAUAUGACAAUGAACGGUGGUAUGCUUGAGGCCGAGCUUACACGAUUUCCGGACCUCGAGAAACAGGGGCUCAACCCCUGGCGCAUCUCAAAAUACAAAGUAAUUAAGCGCUGGGAGACUGGGAAUGCAGCUGUUUUGGAUCACGCAAAGAAAAAUAUAUAAGCAUGAGCGUCUCGAAAACGGAGCCUGAGCGUGGAGAAGAGGGUUACUGAUAUCAUGAUGACGGUCUGCCACCGGCUAGGUACUGAUUCGAUAGCCAUUUGCAGCGGUUACUUAAUCUGUACUUCCAACAGAUAUGAAAUCAUUGCGAAAUUCAAAUAAAUGUCAACUUGGAAGUCUUGAGAACCCCAC